AUGGUCAUCGCCGAUGUUCAGCCACUCGUGCCUCUUGUGUUUGAUCCCCUGGAUCUUGGUGAGGUUAAGCCUCAGGGAUGGCUACACGACCAGCUCGUCUUGCAGGCGAAUGGUCUUGGAGGGCACUUGAUGGACUUCUGGAAAUACGUUUCGGACAUACCGCUCGCAUACGGUGUCAAUGAUGCCCGCCUCAUAGCGCAAGUUCGCAAUGCCACCGACCAGGUCCUCGAGCGUAUCCAGGAGGAUGGCUGGAUUGGAUAUGAGACGGGCACAAAUCGAAACAUGUGGCCGCGAAACUUGGUGUGCUUGGCCUUCAUGCAGCUAGCCCAAGCAGAUCCAGACUACACAGACAAGAUUGUCACCGUUAUGCAGAAGUUUGCUGUUCUGAUAAAUAGUAUGCUUGCUAAUAACUACACGGGCUUCAUCUAUCAUGACGGAGACGAAUACUCGGAAGGUGCGACAGAAUGGGGACUUUCGAGAGCCCAAGAUCUGAUGAUCCCUCUCAUGUGGCUAUUCGAUUAUUAUCCCGGUAAUUACUCCCAGAUCCUUCUUGACAACAUGAGAUACCUGUAUGAAGCCGGAGUGAACUGGGACUACUGGUUCCGUCCGGACGUUUUCCCUCGCGGCGAACUCGACCAGCUGAACAGGACAUUCUGCGAUUAUCAACCUUGGGAAUAUCAGCAUGGCGUCAACGAAGGAGAAGGGCUCAAGGCAACUGCUGUCUACCGCCGGUUUCUCCGCAAUGAGUCUCUGGUUGAGCUCACACACCAGGGCGUGAACUGGACUUUCUUUUAUCACGGCUCAGCAUCCGGAUCGAUUCUUGCUGAUGAGUACAUCAACGGACAGGCGGGGUACAUAGGGUCCGAGACAUGCACAGCCGUAGAAGUCAUGUACUCACUUAGCUACCUUUAUCAGGCACUGGGAGAGAACUGGUACGCAGACCGAGCUGAAUUGGCUGCGUACAACGCUCUUCCUGGUGCAAUGACUCCUGACUGGUGGGCACGACAGUAUAUGGCAGAACCUUCCCAACCCUGGAGCAGGAACUUGACGGAGACUCCGUUCUCAGAUGUGAACACCGUUGGUCAGAUGUACACACUUGAAGGCAACUAUCCGUGUUGCACUGUGAAUCAUCCUCAAGGCUAUCCCAAGUUCCUCGCUGCCUCAUACGUAGCAGUGGGGACCACUGGUCUUGCCCAUGCUCUCCUGGCACCAGCAAACGUAACAACAACAUUGGGGAGUGGCACCAAUGUCACCAUUGUGACGAAUACAAAUUACCCUUUCGAUCUCACCAUCGAAUAUAACAUCACAACCGACGCACCCUUUGACUUCUACGUGCGAGUGCCCGAUUGGGCUGAUGUAUCAGGCUCUACGAGUUCAGUUGCCGAUGGCCCGGCGGUCGUGGUAGAUCCGGACACCGUCACGGGAAUGCACAAGAUCCCAAUCGCCACUGCGGGGACGACCCAAAUAGUGUACAAGCUGAGCACGUCGAUUCGACUUGAGCCACGUGUGAACGCUACAGUGGCAGUGCACUAUGGUGCGCUGUUGUAUGGGCUCUCCAUUGCGAGCAUCAACUCUAGCACGGUUCCCUGGGAUUACCGGACGAACGCCCCGAUGCUGACCGGAUAUGCGCCGCCGGAGGCCCGCGACUGGACGAUGCAAAACGCCAGCGCAUGGAAUUACGCCAUCGACCCGAGCACCCUAGAAUACCACUACAGUGGGGAAGCGGCGCCGGGCAGGACCUUGGCGAACCCGAUCUGGGCACCCCUCGCACCGCCGAACGUGAUCACGGCUCAGGCGUGUCUGAUCGAUUGGCCUCUGUAUCUGGGCAGUAUCCCUGCGAAGGCACCGCUGCCGGAAGCUAGGAAGUGCAUCGGGCCGGUGGAGGAAGUCGAGUUGAGGCCGUACGGUGCUACUAAAUUGCACAUGGUGGACUUGCCGACUAUUGACCUAGCCGACGAGAUGAUGAUCCAAUGGCAAGAUUGA